AUGGAAAAUAUUUGUGAAUUGCGUUCUUCGACCAGUGGUCAGAAGGUUUCUUUUGGUGUGAAAAGAAAAAUUGAAUCUUUUAAUAAAUCUAUAAACUUAUUGAAAGGUAACGCUGAAGAUGGUGAUGGUGAUGAAAUAUUGCACGAACAAUUAAAUAAAAAACAAAAAUUAAGUUUUGUCGACAAUACAUUAUUUGCUAAUGAAAAAUCGGAAAACAGUUUGCUCAUAAUACCGAUGGUAACAAGAAAAGAUUGGAGAGUGGAAAAAAUUUUGAAAUUAAAGGAACAAAGCGAGUUGAAUUCAGAAGAUGACGCAAAAUUUCAGUCGCUUUUUCCAAAUUUGUCAAAAAAGUUUAAAUUACUUCGCUAUUGCAAUGCUGAAAAUUCAAGUACAGCUGGAGAUAGCUUGCUAAAUAAUUCUUUUCCCGAAGAUGCUGAUUAUAAUUUAAUUCCCGUUGAAAGUUUUGGUCUUGCUGUUUUGAGAGGUUGUGGUUGGAAGGACGGUGAGGGAAUCGGUCUCAGCAAUAAAAAAGUGGUUCCCUUAAAAAUUCCUACUAAAAGACCUAAAGGUCUUGGACUUGGAGCUGAUAUUUCUAUAAAGAAACCUAAUAGUAAAGUCAAGAACGGUGAAAAGGAUUUCCAGGUGCUCAAAAAAUAUUCGUAUGUCAAGGUUAUUAAUGGAAUAUAUCGGUAUCAGACUUAUUUCAUUUAUUUAAAUUUAAAUUUGUUAGGAGCUUUUGAUUCAUAUGGCAGGAUUGAAGGUUUUGAUGAAGAUAAUGGAAGCGUUAUUGUCCAACUUGCUCUUAGUGGGAAUAAUGUUCGUGUAAACCAAUAUGCCUUGGAAUUAAUAAGUGUUAGAGAAUACGAGCGAAACUAUGCAUUGUUUUUUAAAAGUCAUCCUGAAGGAAAAAUAAUGGAGAAGACCGGACAAAAAAUUCAGCUUGUCAAGAAAAAAGAUUACAUGAAUCAAAAUUCGUCUAUCUAUAAAUGUUCAAAGAAGGAGUUGCCGAAAUCUGGGGAUUGCAGUUCAUCAAGGGAUAACCUGACCCAAUCAAAUAAUCGGAUAUGGGUUCAAACAGGUCUAAGAGUGCGAUGUAUUUCUAAACGAUAUAAGACUGGAUUUUUAAGUGUAUUUUUGUUUCAGAAUGGUUCUUUGUUCACCGAAAAAGUUAAAGUUAUAGAUGUUCCUGAUUCUAAAUAUUGCACAGUCGAAGAUUUUUCAGGACGUGUGCAUUAUGAUUUGAAGCAAGAUUGGCUCGAAACUAUCGUUCCAAAAGUCUUAGGAGCAAAAGUUUUGGUUAUAAAUGGAAUAUGGCGUGGCAGUUUAGCAGUGAUGGAAGCAAAGGAUAAACAUCGUGGGGAAGUUACAAUUAGAAUUCUCUCUAGUGACGAUGUUAUUACUGCAUCAUUUGAUGAUAUAUGUGAAUAUACUGGAUUAGACUAUGAUGAAUCGACUUGA